UGCGUGUGAACACUGAUUUUGUUAGUAUAUAAAUAUGCGCCUCUCAACACUUCAUUAUAAUAUUGGCGGCUGAGAAGACGUGUGUCUGAUAAAAUAAUCGAUAAAGGCCUUCAAAAUGAUUUAUCAAUUCGGUAUUCUCUUCUUGAUAGGAUCGAUUUCCAUGAGCGUCGCGUUACCGCCUUGCGUGUGCACACGUGAACGGAAGCCAGUAUGCGCUUCCAACGGACAGACUUACAGUAACCAAUGUAUGCUGAACUGCGCCCGCGCAUCCGACCCUACCGUCACCCUAGCGUCAGUCGGCAGAUGCAAACGGGAAGCACCCAGCUGCUUCUGCACCUUCGAAAACAAUCCUAUAUGCGCAUCUAAUGGGGAGACAUAUGCGAAUGAAUGCGAGUUCCAAUGCCAACAAACAGCUGAUCCAACUCUACGCGUUAAUUACUACGGUGAAUGUAGAGAGAAGAGGCAAAUUAAAGUCGCCAGCUUAUCCCCUUGCACUUGCCCUAGGGACUCUAAAUUCGUGUGCGGCAGUGACGGCGCUACAUAUAGCAACGCUUGUGUACUGGAGUGUUCAACGCAGGCUAAUCCAAGCCUCUACAUGGUGCACGGCGGUCCUUGUGACAAUAGAGUCAAUGUGGUAGAACACGCGAACAAUCUUCCUUCUUGUUCCUGCGCUAGGAAUUACUUCCCAGUCUGCGGAACGGACGGUAAUACAUACAAUAACUUGUGUCUCCUUCAGUGCUCGGGUACUGACGUGCAGAGCUUUGGACCCUGUUAGAUAUACAAUGAACUUAAUUCGCUUGCCACCUAAGGUCGAAUAUUGUAUGAAAAUUAUAAAAGAUAUUAUGUAUAUUGCUUAAUUACAUUUAACUAGUGGGUAGGAAAUAAAAGUCUCUAUCUGUGUAAACUGUUAUAACGAGUCGAAACCGUUGCCAUGUCUCUUAUUUUUUCUGGAACAAAGUGAGAUAGGUAUGUUCGUGAUACGACAGUAGAAAAUUCACUUUUACUGUGAUCUAUUUUGUUUUUAUAAUUAAUUGUAUGUCCAAUUGAUUUUGUCAUGAUUUUUUUUCUGUUAUUUUUUUUAACAAGUAUUGACAAAUGCUUAAUAAGAUUUCAAAACUCUGACGUACAGAUAACGUAAUCGGACAGAUUGGUGAUGUACACUAUCAGAUAAAUAUUGACAAUUUUAUAUUAAAAAUUCGGAUUAUUCCCAACCGUCACUCCGCUCUGUCCUCACGUAUGGACAGAUGAGAAUGAAAAGUUUCAUCCGUCCCACCGUUAGCGCCGAGGGGACGGUUAGAACUUAUUUUAUUUCUUAACGGUUCCAUCUGUCAUCUUAUUGGUGAUAGUGGGACUAAAAUGUG